AUGGUGUCUUUCUAUCCUCUUUUCGCAUUGCUAUUCGCUGUGAUCUACGCCACCUGCUGUUUUUGCACAUACGAUUACGCAGACUCGUCAAACGCAGAUGGAGAAGUCCCAUACAUCCGCAACUACUUUUACGUUGGUGGAAAGUACGUGCCUGAUGGCUCUGGCGGACAUGCCUUCCAAGACCAGAUGUACGUGGAAAAGUUGACUCCUCUCGGAGGACCACGCAACCAGACACCACUAGUCUUCAUCCCAGGUGCUGGACAAACAGGAACAGUACAACUUUCCUUCUUCGUCUACAUCUGUCAUCAUACUAAAACCAUAUUCCCACAGAAUUUUCUGAACAAACCGGAUGGUGGUAGAGGCUGGGCAUCGCUGUUCAUCACGCAAGGUUUUGAGGUUUACAUUGUUGACCAAACGUCUCGAGGGCGUUCGGCUUGGAGACCGGGUGUUGGACCCAACCUCACAGCCAACUCUGCAGAGUUGAUCCAACAAAGAUUUACAGCACCUCAAGACUACAAGCUCUGGCCUCAGGCAGUCAACCAUACGCGAUGGCCUGGUACUGGACGAAUGGGUGAUGCAGUCUUUGAUGCGUUCUACAGCUCCAAUGUCCAACUGGCCGAUAACGACAGUUACUCGCAAGCAACCGUGCAAGCUGCUGGUGCUGCGCUGCUGGACCGUAUCGGUAAACCUGUCAUCGUCAUCGGUCACAGCCAAGCUGGUCCAAUGGCGAUUCUGGUUGCAGAUGCACGACCAAACUUGACGGAAGCCGUUAUUCUGCUUGAGCCUGGCGGCCCACCUUUUCGUGGCGCCGUAUUCAACAAUGCAAGCGCACGUCCUUGGGGACUCACCGAAGUACCUCUCGUCUACUCACCAUCCGUCUCAGAUCCAACCAUCGACCUUGCCAAAGAGGUAAUUCCUGCCUCCUCAGAAAACCUCGAUGGCUGCAUUCUACAAGCGUCUUCACCAGCUCCUAGACAUCUCACCAAUCUAGCGCCCAAGCCAAUCCUUGUCGUGACAGCCGAAGCGUCUUAUCAUGCAGUCUAUGACCACUGUACUGUAUCGUAUUUGCGCCAGGCUGGCUGUAUCCGGACAGAUCACUUGGAGUUGGGAAAUGCGGGCGUGCAUGGCAAUGGCCAUAUGUUCUUUAUGGAGAAGAACAGCCGUGAGAUCUGGGUCUUGCUCUUGGAGUGGAUUGAAUGGCAUCUGGGCUAG